AAACAUGUGGCUCCUGAUCAUCUGUUGCAAAUCUGCCAGCGCAUCGGUCCUAUUUUGGAUAAGGAAAUUCCACCCAGUAUUUCAAGAGUGACUUCUUUACUUGGUGCAGGAAGGCAGUCUUUGCUACGUACAGCAAAAGACUGCAGGCACACAGUUUGGAAGGGCUCUGCCUUUGCUGCUCUUCAUAGAGGAAGACCUCCAGAAAUGCCUGUGAAUUAUGGGUCUCCACCAAAUGUUGUGGAAAUUCAUCGAGGAAAACAACUCACAGGGUGUUCCACUUUUAGCACAGCAUUUCCAGGAACAAUGUAUCAGCAUUUAAAAAUGCACAAAAGGAUUCUUGGACAUCUAUCUGCUGUUUAUUGUGUAGCAUUUGAUAGAACAGGACAUAGAAUCUUUACGGGAUCAGAUGAUUGUUUAGUAAAGAUUUGGUCAACACAUAAUGGCCGCUUAUUAUCCACAUUAAGAGGUCAUUCUGCAGAAAUUUCAGAUAUGGCAGUAAACUACGAGAAUACAAUGAUUGCUGCUGGGAGCUGUGAUAAAAUAAUUAGAGUAUGGUGCUUAAGAACAUGUGCCCCAGUUGCUGUUCUCCAGGGGCACACGGGAUCAAUUACAUCUUUACAGUUUAGUCCAAUGGCCAAAGGCUCUCAAAGAUACAUGGUCUCUACUGGUGCUGAUGGGACUGUUUGCUUUUGGCAGUGGGAUUUAGAAUCCCUGAAAUUCAAUCCACGUCCCUUGAAGUUCACUGAAAAGCCUAGGCCAGGCGUUCAAAUGCUUUGUUCUUCUUUUAGUGUUGGUGGUAUGUUUUUAGCCACAGGUAGUACCGAUCAUGUAAUUAGAAUGUAUUUUUUGGGUUUUGAAGCACCUGAAAAAAUUGCAGAACUUGAAAGCCACACUGAUAAAGUUGAUAGUAUCCAGUUUUGUAAUAAUGGUGACAGUUUAAGGUUUUUAAGUGGUAGCAGAGAUGGCACAGCACGAAUUUGGAGAUUUGAACAGUUAGAAUGGAGAAGCAUUUUACUGGAUAUGGCUACCAGAAUGUCAGGUGAGAUGUUCAAUCUCAUUUUAAUUAUGUCUUUGUUAAAGGGACAUGCUGAUGAAGUAUUUGUUUUGGAGACACAUCCCUUUGAUUCCAGAAUUAUGUUAUCUGCAGGACAUGAUGGAAGCAUAUUUAUAUGGGAUAUUACAAAAGGCACCAAGAUGAAACAUUACUUUAACGUGAUCGAAGGACAAGGAUUUGGAGCUGUGUUUGACUGUAAGUUUUCACAGGAUGGACAACAUUUUGCUUGUACAGAUUCGCAUGGGCACCUUAUGAUAUUUGGUUUUGGAUGCAGCAAACCGUAUGAAAAGAUUCCUGAUCAGAUGUUCUUCCAUACUGACUAUCGACCACUUAUUAGAGACUCUAAUAAUUACGUGUUAGAUGAGCAAACCCAACAGGCUCCUCAUCUUAUGCCUCCACCAUUCUUGGUAGAUGUAGAUGGAAAUCCUCAUCCAACUAAGUAUCAGAGAUUAGUACCAGGCCGAGAAAAUUCUGCAGAUGAACAUUUGGUUCCACAGCUGGGUUAUGUAGCAACAAGUGAUGGUGAAGUGAUAGAACAAGUCAUAAGCCUGCAAACCAAUGAUAAUGGUGAACGGAGCCCAGAGUCUAGUAUUCUCGAUGGAAUGAUAAGACAGUUGCAGCAGCAGCAAGAUCAGAGAAUGGCUGCAGAUCAAGACCCUAUGCCAGGUGCACUUCCAAAUGGGGAAGAAACACCCAGAAGAGGUUUUAGAAGACUAAGUUUAGAUAUCCAGUCCCCUCCAAAUAUUGGUCUACGUCGUAGUGGGCAAGUUGAAGGUGUUCGUCAAAUGCAUCAAAAUGCACCUCGCAGUCAAAUUGCUACAGAGCGUGACCUGCAAGCUUGGAAACGAAGAGUGGUUGUGCCAGAGGUACCACUAGGCAUAUUUAGGAAAUUGGAAGACUUCAGACUAGAGAAAGGUGAAGAAGAAAGAAAUCUGUAUAUAUUAGGAAGGAAAAGGAAGACCCUCCAGCUCUCACAAAAGUCCGAUUUGUUGGUUUUGACAUCACAGUCUAGGCAGAGACCAUGUAGGCGUAAAUACCCAAAUUACGGGAGAAGAAAUCUCACACGGCUCUCCUCCUCUUCUGGAAAUGAAUCCUCAAGCUCUGUGAGACAUGAUACUUCCUGUGAUCAAAGUGAAGUCUCUUGUUCUUCUGAAGAGGAAGAAUGGAAGAGUGAUAGAAAAAGUGAAAGUGACAGUGAAAGUUCAAGUGACUCUUCAUCUAGAUACUCUGAUUGGACAGCUGAUGCAGGCAUCAAUUUGCAGCCUCCUUUACGAACAUCAUCUCGCAGACGUAGAACCCGAUUUUGCAGUAGUAGUUCAGAGGAUGAAAUGUCUGCUGAGAAUUUAUCUCCUCCGAAAGGAAGAAGAAAGAGAAAGAAGGAAAGGAAACCUAAGAAAGAAAAUCUGCAAAGGAUGUCUCCGGCAGAGAUUGCAAACACAGAACAUUUGUCUGAGUUUCAUCCUCCAGUUUGGAUAACUGACACCACACUUCGAAAAUCUCCUUUUGUUCCUCAGAUGGGUGAUGAGGUAAUUUAUUUUCGACAGGGCCAUGAAGCUUAUAUUGAGGCAGUCAGGAGAAAUAAGAUUUAUGAACUGAACCCUAAUAAGGAGCCAUGGAGAAAAAUGGAUCUCAGGGAUCAAGAAUUGGUGAAAAUAGUUGGAAUACGGUAUGAAGUUGGGCCUCCUACUCUCUGUUGUCUCAAACUAGCAUUUAUAGAUCCAGCGACUGGAAAACUCAUGGACAAAUCUUUCUCAAUAAGAUACCAUGAUAUGCCAGAUGUUAUUGACUUUCUUGUAUUGCGUCAGUUUUAUGAUGAAGCAAGACAGAGGAAUUGGCAGUCUUGUGAUAGAUUUCGUUCUAUAAUUGAUGAUGCCUGGUGGUUUGGAACAGUGUUAAGUCAAGAGCCAUAUCAACCACAAUAUCCUGAUAGUCAUUUCCAGUGUUACAUUGUUAGGUGGGACAAUACUGAAAUUGAAAAACUUAGCCCAUGGGACAUGGAACCAAUUCCUGAUAAUGUUGAUCCACCUGAGGAAUUAGGAGCCAGUAUUUCUGUCACUUCAGAUGAGUUAGAAAAAUUGCUCUACAAGCCACAAGCUGGUGAGUGGGGUCAGAAAUCUAGAGAUGAAGAAUGCGAACGAAUUAUCAGUGGCAUAGAUCAACUCUUGAAUCUUGAUAUAGCAGCAGCUUUUGCAGGCCCAGUUGAUCUGUGUACCUACCCGAAGUACUGUACAGUGGUAGCAUAUCCUACUGAUCUUUACACAAUUCGAAUGAGGCUUGUUAAUCGAUUUUACAGGAGAUUAUCUGCAUUAGUUUGGGAAGUAAGAUAUAUUGAACAUAACGCCAGAACAUUUAAUGAACCUGAAAGUGUAAUUGCAAAAUCAGCUAAGAAGAUAACUGAUCAGCUUUUAAAGUUAAUCAAGAAUCAAGACUGUACAAAUAUCUCAGAACUUACUAACACUUCUGAAGAUGAUGAAGAAAAUGCUGAAGAUUUGGAUGAUAGUGAUCUUCCUAAAACAUCUUCUGGAAGGAGAGUUCAUGACUGGAAAAAAAGGAGCAGCAAAGCAGCCAACUACGUUGCGACCAACUGGAAAAAACAGUGUGAGGAAUUAGUGAACUUAAUUUUUCAGUGUGAAGAUUCUGAACCAUUUAGACAACCUGUUGAUUUGGUUGAAUAUCCAGACUAUCGAGAUAUUAUAGAUACCCCAAUGGAUUUUGGAACAGUAAGAGAAACACUGGAAGCAGGAAAUUAUGACAGCCCGUUGGAAUUUUGCAAAGAUAUCCGGUUGAUCUUUAGCAAUGCAAAAGCAUAUACACCAAACAAAAGAUCAAAGAUUUAUAGUAUGACUUUGAGAUUGUCUGCUUUAUUUGAAGAAAAGAUGAAGAAAAUCUCCUCUGACUUUAAAAUUGGUCAAAAAUUUAAUGAAAAGCUACAAAGAAGCCAGAGGUUCAAGAGAAGACAAAAUUGUAACCGUUUCAGUCAGACUAAGAAAAGUAUCAGAAAUGUCCGGAAGAAUCGGGUAGCAUCUCAGACAAAAGUAAUUCCUGAUUUGGUAGGAUCUCCUACUCAGUCUACCUCAAGUAGGGCAGUUUAUUCUGCAAGCCACAAGACAAGUGCUAGUAUCUCUUCAGGUAUUACUUCUGGUGACUCUUCAGAUUCGGCAGGAUCAUUGGAAAGAAGAAGAAGAAGAACUAGACCUAUAACACUAACUUCUGGUUCUGUGUUAUCUGAAAGUGAAACGGAACAUUCUUCAGCUACCUCUUCAUCAUCUUCAGAUAGUUCAGAGGAAAGCAAAGACAGCCUAGGACCUUGUGAAUCUUCAUUUCAAAGUCGAGCAUCCAGGAGCAGCAGCCUCAGAGUGAUGAGAACCAGAACUGCUCAGAGAAAACCUGGUCCUGUGUCUCUACAAAAUGGAUCUGGCAGAAAAGCCACUCGAAAAAGAGUCUAUUUAAGUGACUCUGAUAAUAAUUCAUUACAGACUGGGGAAAUUAUAAAAAGCCGAGCUGGAAAUAACCGUAAAGUCCUGAGAAAGUGUGCGGCUGUGGCUGCCAAUAAGAUAAAGCUAAUAAGUGAUGUGGAAGAGAAUUCUAGCUCUGAUAGUAUCUGCUCUGGCCGCAAGUUGCCUCACCGUGAUGCUUCUGCUGCAGCUAGAAGAAAGUUAUUACAUAAUUCUGAAGAUGAUCAGAGUUUAAAGUCAGAUAUUGAAGAAGACCUAAAAGAUCAACACAAGCCAUCAUCAAUUUCCACAUCUCAUGUUGCUCGGAAAAUUGUCUGUGAAUCUGAAUAUGAAGAUUCUGAGUCAGAAAGUGAUUUGAGAGUUGCUCGGAAAAAUUGGCAUGCUAAUGGUUACAAAUCCCACACUCAAACAAUUCCUAAAACAAAAUUGCUUAAACUAGAGUCUUCCGAGGAUGACUCCAAAAACAAGGAUUUAAAUAAUGGACAUAAAAGAAUCACUUGCCCUUCAACCUCUGGGCAGAAACCGAAGGCAUUAAACAUUUCUGAGGAAGAAGAGGAAGCAGAUUCUGAACCAGAGAAAUGUGAGAGUAGGAAACACAACCCAUGUCGCAAGAAUGCUAAUUUCUUUAAAAAAACAAAGAUCUUAAGUGAUUCAGAGGACUUGGAAUCUGAGGAUGGUGAUAGAAAAGAUGAAAAACAUCACAAAAUGAAAACUAAUACAACUUCAGGAAAUUUGAAGUGUGAGCCUUUUGCUGGGUCCCAGUGUUCUUCAGAGCAUGUAUCUGAAACAGAUUUGGAUUCAGAUGGUGACAAAACAAAAGAAAAAUCAAACAGUUUUAUGAAAGAUUCUGCAUCGCAAGACAGUGGACACAACCAGAAAGUUUCCAGGAAACGGGUCUGUUCCAGUGAUUCAGACAGCAAUUUAAAGAUGGUUAAAUCACUGAAAAGCAGAACAGGUCUCCUUAGGACUCCUCGAAAAUGUGCAACUUCAGCUGCCAACAAGAUCAAGCUAAUGAGUAAUGUAGAAGAUGUCAGUGUAGAAAAUCUAUGUACUGUAAACAAAAAUCAAAGGAAAAAGACCCUCCGUUCAGCCUGUACUACAUCUAAGUUGUUGAGUGAUUCUGAGGGAGAUCCAAACUGUGAAGUGCCAAGUGAACGGUAUGCCUGUGAAGGUAAGCCACCUGAAGCUGACUCAGAAGGUAGUACAAAAAGUAUUAAUCAGUCUUUCAAGGAAGACUCAGACUCAGAAAGUAUUUUGAAUUCAGAACACGAGAACAAGCAUAUUAGAAGUCAUAAAACAAAUGCUGCCCAUUCUAAAUCAAAAAAUUCCUUGAUUGUAUCUUCAGAAGAAUAUUCAAAAAGCCAUAUUUCACAGAAUAAGACUGGCAGGAAAUUUUCUUCUGCAUCAACUUUGGCACAUAAAGCUCCUGUAGAAAAUAACUUUGAAGAGGAACUGAAUUAUGGCCUUCGCAGGUGGAAUGGCAGAAGACUCAGGACCUACGGAAAGGCGCCUUUCAGCAAAACAAAAGUGGUUCAUGAUUCACAGCAAGCAGGAGAAAUAGAAACCAAAAGGAAGAGACGGCAUCCUGAAUUGGAAAAUGUGGAAAUUUCUGAGACGAAAGGGAAUUCAGAGUGUGGACCUGACACAAAUCUCAAAUCUGAUUCAGAUCUGGGAUCUGUCACUGAAUCAGAUAUUGACUGUAGUGAUGAUACAAAAACCAAAAGGAGGAAAAGGAAAGGAAAAGCAAAAAUAGUUAGAAAAGAAUCUGUUCCUAGAGACAGAGAACCCAAUACAAAAAUGAGAACAUGUAUGCAUAAUCAGAAGGAUGCAGUGCAAGUGCCUAGUGAAACUCUGAGAGCAAAUAUGGUACCUGAGAAAGUUCCCCGCAGAUGUGCUACUGUUGCUGCAAAUAAAAUAAAGAUAAUGAGUAAUGUAAAAGAAACGAUUUCAGGAUCAGAAAAUGUCUGGAUUAGGAAGAGUAGCAGAAAACUGCCCCAUCGAAAUGCUUCUGCUGCGGCUAAGAAAAAAUUACUCAAUGUUUAUAAAGAUGAUGAUACAAGUAUACAUUUUGAACAUGAAAAAGCUAGAAGAUACUAA